AUGUCUGAGGUCCAAUCCAGAUCAGCCGCCUCGCGUGGUAGGGGCUCUGGUCGCGGUAGCCGUGGAGGCGGAUACUCAACCCGCGCAUCGACCCGGCCUUCCAACAAACCCGCCGCCACGAAUGGCGACUCGAAGCACGACGCCGACUCCAGCUUGCCAACCCUCGAUGACGAAGGCGAUGUUGGCGAGCUCAAGCAGAAGUACGGAAGCAAGAUCGGUAUGAUCAAGGAAAUGUUCUCCGACUGGUCUGAUAUCGAUAUCCUCUACGCCUUGCAGGAGGCAGAUGGCGACGAGAACGUUGCUGUGACGCGCAUUGCCGACGGAGCCAUCUCACAGUGGGGUGAGGUUUCGAAGCAGAAGAAGGAGCGCGCCCGCCCCAAGGGGAAGAAUGACACCUUCACAACUACUACUGGCGAUUCGGGAGCUGCCGGAGGUACCAGGCCUGCUAGAGGUGGCCGCAAUCCCGUAGAGGGAGCACGGGGUCGCGGCAGGGCUACCGAACGCGGAGGACGCGGUGGCGUGCGCGGGAAGCCUGCCCAAGUGACGACUAACGGCACUCGGUCCAAGGAGAACCCAUUGUCUGUCCCUACCGAAGAGUCACCCGCCUGGGAUGCCACCAACACUACCGAUAGCACGGCCGGCUGGGGCGAUUCCACCUCUACUCCUACUACUUCUGAAUCUACUGCUGCUGCUGUCGCUGCUCCCGCCGCCCCCGCCACCUCUGCCACCUCCGCUGUUCGUCCCAAGCCCACCGUCGUUCCUGAUGGUACACCGAAGACAUGGGCCAGCAUGCUGAGACAAUCAACUGCCGCCAAGCUCGCCCCCAAGGCAAAGGAGUCCCCGGCUCCCAAGCCUGCCGAGAGCGCUAUCGAACCAUUGCCCCCAAUUGAACCUACUCCUGCCGAACAGAACCCUCCCACCACUGGGCAACCUACGGCCGAGCCUGCUAGUGAGCAGGCGCCAUCCGAGAUCCCUGCCGCCACCAAACCCGAAGUUGCCCUACCACCUUCGACCGAUCGGCUUACACAAACGAACCUGGAACAUGUUGAUGAUGAAUCGCAUCCUCCCGAGACUGAGACAGUCCGUAGUGAGGCGGCUGAUUCAUGGAAUCCACAUGCCUCUGCAGUCACUACACCCUUGUCUGGCCUGCCACCGCAGCAGCAAGCUUCGCGGGCGGCUUCAAGCGGGUUUGCGGCGACUGCCAUUAAGGCGACGGAGCGUAACACAGCGCGCAUUCCGAGCUAUCAGCGCCGAAUCCUCGACCAGGAGGAGGCCGUCCGCAUGCCCGGUAACCGUGACCAGGUUGACCGUGCAACUGUCCAGUUUGGUUCCCUCAACUUGAACGGGCCGCUCGACGAGGACAUCGAUGGCGACCGGGAGGAGCCCGAGACUCGCGCCCAACCCCCCGUUGAUUCGCCUGUGGCCCAUCCUCGAACCUCGCUGCCCCCCAUCCAACCCGCACCCGUCCCGGAACCCUACGCUUCGCAGAAGCCCGCGGCCGCCCUCCCCCCGCCUUCUGGGCCUACUAUUGGUACUGCGCCACUCCCGUCCCAGUUCUUCCGGCCUCUCUCAGCUAACGCAGCCUUAGCCGCUCCCACCGCUCCUGUGUCUCAACCAGCCUUGGCUUCACAGGGUGUGUUACCGUCAUACCCCAACCUACCACCCCCAUAUGACCUAUCGCUAACCGUCCCCUUCGCGCCAGCAGCACAAGCCGCGGCCCAGAACACGCAGCAGUUCGGGCGUUUCGGACAGGCUGCUCCCCAGGAGCCAUCGUCCUUCCCCUCGCAGAAGCAGUUUGACACCUUCGGACAGCAGCCAACUGCCGCGGCCGCCACGCAGAGCCAGUACGAGGGUGCUUUCCCCAGCCAGCCGCAGCAAUCGCAACCCCAAAGCCAACAGCAGCCGGGAGGUGCCCCGGGCGGCGCUUUCAGCUCGGCCUCUGGCGACUAUUCUUCUUACUACACGGCUGACCAGCACAGCCGAACGCCCUACAACUACUACAACCAGCAAUUUGGUCAACAACUUCCGGGUGCGCAGGGUCAACAGGAGGGGUUGGCUUCUCAGCAGCCGCAGCAGCAGCAGCAGCCGCAGCGCUCAUUCAGCGGCUACAAUGCUCAUCAGAACGAUGCCCUGAACCAAUAUCCUCAAGGAGGCGUUCAUAAUACACAGGGUCGUUACGGUGCGGCGUCCGCGGUAGAGCCGCAGACCAGUGGCAACACCACCCCGAACCCAUCUGUGACCCAGGCCCAGCAGCAGGCCGGACAGGGCAACCAGGCCCAGUCCCACGGCCAGCAACAACAGCCACACGACUACCCUUACAGCCACCCGUACUUUGGGAGCCCGUACUACGCUGCCUAUGUGAACCAGCAGUACCAGGGAGGGUAUAACCAGGCUGGUUACGCUGGACCGUAUGGCAAGGCCGGUGCUGUAUACGGCCAGCCUCACCAAUAUGGGAUGUCGCCACAGGGGCCUUAUGGCCAUGCCUCAUCCCCAGCCGGCGGGUUUGGCCAGAAUUCUCUGCAUAGAGCAGACAGCGCCGGUGUUGCUGCCGGGCUUGGCGAGUAUGGACGCGCGGGGUCGGCGCAGUCAGGAAACCAGCCGGGGCUGGGUGCCACCGGGUUCAGCGGCAUGCACGACACGUUUAGCCGCGGAGCGUCUGCAUACCAGUCGCAGGCGUCGGGACAGCCAUUCAACGGGCCAGCUUCUCAGCAAGGCAACCCUCCGACGGUGAACGAUGAUCUGAAGCCCUUCGGCGAGUCGAAGGCUGGGGCUGGACCAAGCCCGUCACUCGGUGCCGCUGCCCGACCGGGCUCUGCCACGAACAACGCCCCGGCCGGACUUCCGCCGCCGCAGUCCAACCAGCAAGGCGGUCUUGGGAUGUCCGGAUACGGCGGUUAUCCCAGCCAUCUUCAGGGUCACGGUCUUCAUGGAAACCAAACUGCAGCCGGCGGCUAUGGUAUGAGCGCCAGUGGUGGCCAGGCCGGCCACAGCAAUACCCCAUAUGGUGGAUACGGCGCACAGGGAUUUAGUGGCAGCUACUAUGCCAACGCCCCGCGCGGUUGGGGUGGAAACUACCACUAA